AUGGCUUGCUGGAAGCAUUCUUGGCGGCACCGCGUGGUCGGCCUGGUCGCACUCUGCAUGGUCGUAGCUAUUGCUGGCGCAAGCGCUGCACUUCAACACAAUGGCAGCCGAAUGGCUCUGAACUGGCUUGGUGCAUUUGUAUCCGGUUUUCUGGCUAUCCACUGGUACCCUAUCCACGGUGCUCUUGAACUCCCAGGAAAAUUGGAUGAUUUGAACCUCGUAGAGCAGCGACUGCUUCUGCUCAUCGCUGCAAGCUUCUUCUACUUGAUGGAGGUCGACCGCGUGAACGGCCAGUCGAGGGCAGAAGAGGCCAUGCAGCUUCGGCGAGGCUUCCGGGGGUCCAUCGCGCAUGCCACAUGCUCGAAGCUGGACGACGCCGAGCGGAUUCAUGCGGAGAUCGGCGCCCAAACAGAGGACGUAGACUACGCCAUCCAGGUGCUUUUGACUGCUGGGAUGUCAACACCGACGCUCCGGGACGUUGCGCGCGCAGGUGUUGGGAUUCUGGAUGCAGGCCAUGCCGAGAUCGCCGUUCCAUUUCUGGCAUUGGUUCCCUUCACUGCCAUGUCGAUUUUCAGUUUUUGUAUCAACUUCGAGUACCUACCGCAAGCUACGUGGGUCUACUACAUGCUCCAGGUGUAUCCCAUCCUCUGUCGGGUCGCCCUUCUCAUCGUCAUUUCUCGCAGUGCCGCGGACGAGCGGUGCUUCAUAAUGAAGAUGAUGACGAAGCUGGUUGCCAUCUACCUGGCCGUGAUUUGCCCGAUCCUGGUACAAUGGGAAUGGUACGGUUCCAGUGGGCAGUUGCCAGAUCAAGCCUUGAUCGACGCAUUUUUCUACACGGCCAUGUGCUGCUUCUCCUUCCUCG